AUGGUGAAUAAAGUUGUGUUUAAGAAGGUUAAUGCACUUGAGCUAGAUAGAGAGAGACUUGUAAAUGAACUUCAGGAGUCAACCACAAGCCUUAGUGAGUUAAAAUUAGUCAAAGAGAUAUUAAAGGCUAAGGUUAAAACCCUGACAAGCGACCUUGUGAAAUCCAAUACUCAAAUCCAUUUGUUCUUGAGUGCAUCUCAGAAGUUGGACAGUCUUUUACGGUUGAACAAGCCUGUUAGGAACAUGAAAGGUCUAGAAUAUAAGCAGACGAAUCAUAAUAAGGCUAGUACUUUCAAAACCAUUUUUGUCCUUACCACCAACUGGCCAACAUAUUCGCUGAUCAGUGAUCUUAGAGAAGUGUUAAGCUUGUUUAGAGAAAUGGAAGAACUGAAUGUGAAGCCUAAUGAGUCAGUUCUUAUCAGUGUUCUUACUGCUUGUGCUGAUACUGGUGCAUUAGCACAAGCCACUGGAUUAGUGGACAUGUACUCAAAGUGUGGGAGUGUGGAGUUGGCUUUAUCAGUUAUUGAAGAUAUUGAUGACAAGGGUAGUAGAGCUUGGAAUGCAAUCAUGUCUGGGGUGGCGAUGAACGGGGAUGCAUUAAAAUCACUUCAAUUGUUUGACAAGAUGGUGUUGAGGGGGCUUCAAACAAUUGAAUCCACUUUUAUUUCUGAUACAGCCUGUACUCAUGCAAACUUGGUUGACAGGGGCCUUUCGUUGUUUGAAAAUAUGGAUAGUGUUUAUGGGGUUGAACCACAUUAUGCAUGUACAGUUGACCUUUGGGCUAGAUCUGGUAGAUUAGAGGAGGCAGAGAAAUUCAUUGAAGAGAAAAUGGGAAGAAUUUGCGAAGGCGAUGCUAAUGUGUGGGGAGCUUUGCUUGCAGCUUGUAGGAUCACGAGAAGGUUGACAUCGGGGAAAAUGGUGUGGAGAAAAUUAACUAAUGAGGGAUUGCCCGACUAUGGGACUCACAUGCUUUCUUAUAAUAUGUACAAGGAAGCUGGCUUGGAAGCCGAAGCUGAGAAUGUUAGGAGAUUGACUGAGGAGAGACGAAUGGAGAAAAUCCCGGGCUGCAGUUCAAUAGAAGUUAAUGGCAUGGUUGAAGAGCUUUUUGCUGGUGAUCUUUUACAUCCUGAGGCUCAAGAACUUUGUAAAGUGCUUGAUUAUUUAUUACAUGUGGCCAGUCUUGUUCAAUAA